AUGUUUGAUUACUACAUAGACUGUUUAGGGAUCGUCUUAAAGAAGAACGUUCGGACCUGGUUUCGAACACAAGUUCCUCACACCUCAACGAAGCUCCAGCAAGGGAAAAAAAAAACUGGUAGCUUCUCUUUGAUUGAGCGUGUCAUCCUUAGUGCAGGGGCCAUGCUAAUCUUCUCUGUAUAUUUUCAUUUGACCAAAUGUCCCGAAGGACAAUGGUAUCCCCGAUUGAGGGUUCAUAUCCCAAUUAUUCGGCAGAAAGUCACCGCCCUGAUGAAUUGA